UUUCGUUACGUCACCCCAAACGUCACCUCAUAUGUCCUCUAUUACGAAAAUAACCUGAAAUGUUUUCGAUUUAUCGUUUUUAUCUGAAGUAAUAUUAUUACUUAGUGAUAGAUAAGUUUUCGAUAUUUAUUCCCAUAUAGUCUUAUUUAUUUUAUAAGAUGUCGGGGCGAAAUACGCUGUAAUCGAAACAUGUCAUAUAUAAAAGUGCUACACUGCACGUUAUGCCUAAAGCAAGGCAAAAAUGGCUUUCCUGCUAAAUCUUAUCUGCUAAAAAUCGGAAAUGGCACUAUAUCACACCAACUGGCCAGAAUAUCAACAUCCCACUGCUGGAAAAGCAAACUGCCAAUCACAACACAAACAACUGCAACAGUUAAGAGUAAAAAUGUACCCCAAGAUACAAGAGUAUGGAAGGAAACGCCAUCCCAUGACAGGAAAAAUAAUGUGGGGCAGUAUUGUAUGAUGCUAUCCAAAUUUCGGUUGACUUCACUAGUGGUAAUGACAUCGAUGGCAGGCUAUGCGCUAGCACCGGCGCCGUUCGAGCUGACAACGUUCGCGCUAUGCGCGGCCGGAACGGGGCUGGUGUCCGCCGCCGCCAACUCCAUUAACCAGUACCACGAGGUGCCGUUCGACGCGCAGAUGUCCAGGACCAAGAACCGGGUGCUUGUUAAGGGGUUAUUGGAGCCAACACAUGCAAUUAGUUUUGCAGCAAUGACAAGCAUGACAGGCAUAAGUCUGUUGUAUUUUGGAGUCAACCCUUUGACGGCAGCCCUUGGCGCGGGCAAUUUGAUACUCUACACAUCUGUCUACACUCCCAUGAAAAGGAUGUCCAUACUGAACACUUGGUUGGGAUCAGUUGUGGGUGCUAUACCGCCUCUAAUGGGCUGGGCGGGAUGCACGGGCAGUUUAGACAUUGGUGCUUUAAUCCUAGGAGUCAUAUUGUAUUCGUGGCAGUUCCCCCAUUUCAACGCACUUUCGUGGAACUUGCGACCGGACUACUCACGCGCCGGAUACAGAAUGAUGGCUGUCACUGACCCUGCGCUAUGCAGAAGAGUGGCUCUCAGACACACGGCUGUGAUUACCGCAACUUGCCUCGCGUCGCCCUACCUCGGCGUCACGAAUAAUUGGUUCGCACUGGAAUCACUGCCACUCAAUAUUUAUUUUAUGUACUUAGCAUGGGAAUUCUACAAGAAAUCAGACAGCGCCAGUUCAAGGAAACUGUUCCGCUUCUCCCUCAUACACCUUCCGGCAUUAAUGUUACUUAUGCUUGUCAACAAGAAAUAUUGGAGCUCGAGUGACACUCAGGAGCAAACUGAGAUUACUAAGCCGCAAGACCUAGCCAAGUUACCAGAUUCUAAGAGGAUCACCGUCCUGCCCAGAGGGCCGGUCGUCGCGGCACAAGACGCCGAAACACCAAUAAACUAAACUCUACAUGUUGCGUAGAUAGUAUUGUUUUUGUAAAUAAUGUACAAUUUAAUUGUGAUUUUUAGUGCGCUUGUAAGUUAUUUGAACACACGUGUGUUGUGUUAUAAUCGCAGAACAAUCGAUACACUUCGUAGACGCUUUACCGCAAUUUUGUGAAAUAGGAGGCAAAUUCUUGGUCUUCCAAGUUUUCUUUUUUUUCCUCCCCAUUAUAUACUGCCACUUAGUACAAUGGGUAGAGCAAGGUGAAAAGAAAUGGAAUUUAAAUUGUGGUUUUCAUACAAAUACUUCUACUCAAAAAUAUAUAUCAUACUACUUGAAAUGUCUUCUACUGAAAAAUCAAUAUUCUUAACUGAUAAUCCACUUAUGUAUUUGUGUUGUAAUCUUAUUAAAAUUUGGUAUCUUUUCACCUUUUAUCUGUUUGUAAUGAUUUUAUUUUGAAGAUGCAACAUAAAAAAAGAUGGUAUCGCUAUUCAAAAAAAUUGCUGUGGUGACAUUAGCUUAUAUUAAAUUUCUGCUUAUGUUUUCAAAGAUUUAUGAUUCCAUAAACAAAAAAAUAUCUACAAAUGUUGGCUAUGAACUUUAUGUUAAUUUAUAAACAUUUUAAAUUAUUCUUACAGUGUGGUUUUACAAAUCUAAAACCAGUUGUAUCAUGUGCUGUGAUUAAAACAUGUGUAAUUAAUAUUUCCAUAGAUCAAUAAAAUAGUUCAUAUGAACAUAAUGACUCAGGAAUAAAUGAAAAUACGCAGAUAUAAA